GGAGAAGAAGAACGUGUAACGUUAGUUAGCAUCAGCGUAAACAACUAGCGUAGUUAGCAAUGUGUGCUAUCUUGAAACAGUUGUAGAUUUAGCAACCCACCGAGACAAAUUCAUCUAAGAACAGUUCAUACCUGCGAAAACAUCAACUCAUACUUUAGGUUGUAUGUUCUGAACGUCACCUUUCAUCUGGUACAGUAACACUGUAACACCGCUGGCAGUCCUGUGACCCAAGAAAAUAAUGUGCUGCAGCUGAAGAUGGGUGGCAGCGGCUCCAAAUCCAAAGGAUUUUGGCCUUUUUCUGGCUCAGGUAGUACGGACGAUCCAACCAAAGAUGGAAAUGAACAGUCAAUGUCAAGGGUUCGAAGUUUCCCAGGUGCAACACCUUUCGUGUUUACUAGACGAAGCUCUUUGUACUUUGAUGAAGAUGGCGACUUGGCCCAUGAGUUUUAUGAAGAGACUAUUGUGACAAAAAAUGGACGUAAAAAAGCCAAGCUGAAGAGGAUUCAAAAAAACCUUACACCUCAGGGAAUUAUAAAGCUGGACAUCCCUUGCAUCCAUGUAGAUUUCCCAGUUGUCCUCUGUGAAGCCUGAUGAUGUCUGAGCAGUGUCUCAGACUUGCCACUGUGUCAACUCCGUCCUGUGGUUUCCCCUACAGCUGGAAGCCUGAACCACCUUUUAAAAUAACAUGAUCUCUUGAUAUAUUUGAUGCCCUUAUGUGGACAGGCUGAUGCGAUGUGUGCUGAGCCUCUGCAUGUGAUCUGUUUUGGCUUGUGUGCAGUUAGACACAGAAUAGGUCACCAAUGGAGAUUGUGAAGGAUGCCAAGUCGGCAAAACCUACUCCGUUUACAGAUCAUGGUUUGUGUGCAUGUAAGUGUGAAUGUGUGUGCUGACAUGGAAUGAAAUGUGACAGAGUCUGUACUGCUGCAGAUUGUUUUCUGAUAUGAUUCAUUGAACUCUAGGAGUUUGAGGAAAAUGGAACCAGUUCUUCCCUCUGUCACGGUCGUAUCUAGAGUGGGAAUGUUUUAAGUGCACACUUUUGUUUUUUUUGACACCAUCAUGACUUGCUUUAUUAUGCAUGAAACAGGAUCUGCUCAUCAGUAAUACCCUAGGGAGUUGACAAUCAGUGGCCCACAAAAUCUGAAGUGGAUUAUUGUCAUGAUGUUGGAUGGACCGGCUUCAACGACCUCAGAGCCACACAUGUACACAGCAGCAGUGAGUCUAGUAAGAGAUCCUGUUGUUUUGUUUGCUGCUUUGGCAUACUAUGUUUCACUUUUAAUUUAUUAUCACUGUUUUUUAAUUACAGUACCAAAUACUAAA